AUGAAAGAGAGGCUGCACAAUAAAGAGAGUAAUGCAUUGAGCCAUGUUCGAGACAAACAUGUUUUGAAAUGGUUGAAGAAGCUAAUGCUUGGUGAUUUUGAAGUGGUCGAAUUCGAAGAAAAAUGGAAAGAGAUGGUUGCUACGUUUGAAUUGGAAGACAAUACUUGGAUUGCUGAACUAGUGGUUGUGGCAGAUUAUUCGUCAAUAUACGGGAAUGAAGUUUUGCAAACAACUCUUCGAUCUCUUGAGCGGUCUGGUGAUGAAUUGUUUACAAAGGAGAUGUUUAAAAUUUUUCAGUCGUAUCUAUGUAGGACUAUUAAGCUAAGAGUCGUUGAUUGCAAAGAGAUGGUCACAUUUUCAGUUUACACGGUUGUGAAGUAUUGUAGUGGAAGUGUUUGGCGUGUGUCAUAUUGCCCAUCAACGGUUGACUUUACAUGUACUUGUAUGAGAAUGCAAUCCAUUGGUCUUCCAUGCGAUCACAUAUUGGCCAUGUUGGUUUCUUUAAAUUUUAUGAAGUUGCCAAGUAGUUUGGUUUUGAAUAAGUGGUCCAAAGUUGCCACAAAACAGAUGAAAGACAAAUAUCCGAAUUCCACAAUGUAUUGGGAUUCGCAAUUGAUGGCCAUGUAUGCCACUUUGGUUGAAGUUUCUAGACAAGUUUGUGUAGCCGCAUACCGUGAUGAAGAGGAGUAUGACAAAAUGUUGCAUUUCCUAUCCAAUGAGGCUAGAAGGCUGAAGUCGAAGCAAAACAGCGAACAUUGUGCUGAUGAUAAUUAG